AUGGAUAUCAAGUAUGUUUUAUUUAGUCCCCAUAAAGUGUGUAGAAUUUGUUUCUGUGAAGCACCAUCCCAAGUUUCUUUGAUAGACAUCUUCGAAAAUGACACUCGCACAAUAUGUGAAGUUUUAUCAUUUUUAACCAAUAUUAAUAUAACUCUCGCUGAUGGAAGCCCAAAACAGAUAUGUGUGGAGUGCCAUUUGAUAUUGUCCAAGGCUGUACAGUUCAAACAACGAUGCGUCGUGUCAGAAACCGUCUUGAAAGAAGCCCUAGGGGCCGAAUCAAAUUCAAAUGUUCAAAGAGACGUAGACGCAUUUAAUCAGCCCCCUGAACACUCUUUGAGAUCCUUUCGUGCUGUAGAAUAUAAUUCAUUAAAUUUAAGCUCUGAGAAGUACGAUGAUUUAAAAGAAUUUGAUCAGAAAACUAUGCUAGAAGUAUCAAAGUCAGAAACACUAGAAGAUAUUAAGAAUGAAUCUGAUGUAAAUGACUUCCACUGCUCAGAUAGCCAAGAAAACUUUUUAACUUGUGAUUGUGAAUCAACAUUUAGUUCAGAAAUUGAAUAUUCUAAUCAUUUGAAAUGCUGUCAGAAACAUAAUUUAUUAAACACUAAACAAGAUGCACUGUUCUGUCCGACAUGUAGCUUAGCACUACCAGAUUUUCUAUCAUACACACAGCAUAUGAACAAACAUAAUACAAAGACAACAGAACGCAAAUUAGUGUAUAAAUGUGAUAAGUGCUUGCGUAAGUUUGCUCUAGAAACAUCGCUACAGAGGCAUUUAAAGAAACAUGACAAUUUAGAAUAUAAAUAUGUUUGUAAGAGUUGUAAAAGAGAAUUUAAGUAUCAGGCUCAUUUAGAAAAUCAUAUAUUAUUAGUUCAUACAAGAGAUAGAGGCUAUAGAUGUGACUUGUGCGAACAGAGCUUUAUAUCUCUAGAUGCUUUAAACGUUCACAAAGAAGUCCAUAAAAUAAAGAAGAAACACCAAUGUACAAUUUGUAAUAAGUCAUUUGUAUUAUUGUCUACAUUAAGUGAUCACUUAAGAACCCAUACAGGGGAGAAGCCCUAUCUUUGUUCUACAUGUGGAAAGGGUUUCUCGCAGAAAACAAAUUUGGAGCAGCAUAUCAGGCGACAUAUUGGGUUAAAGCCGUACCAGUGUGAAAAUUGUGAUAAAAGAUUUGUAUCCAAGGGUGAACUAACAGCCCAUCUCAGAAAACACAGCGGAGCCCACCCCUUCAUAUGUGAUGAUUGUGGAAAUGGAUUCACAACAUCAAGUUCUCUUGUGAAACAUAGACGGAUACAUACUGGUGAGCGACCGUUCUCAUGUGAUAUGUGUAAUAUGAAGUUUGCUGCUUCCGGUACUUUAAAAAAUCAUAGACGAACUCACACAGGUGAAAAGCCAUAUAAGUGUUCUCACUGUGACAAAGCGUUUGUACAAAAGCAGGACUUAACAUCACAUAUUAGGUGUCAUACAGGGGAGAGACCUUACGUAUGUUCUAACUGUGGGCAGGCGUUUAGAAAGGCCUCUGCAUUGAAGGUGCAUUUGAAAAUACAUGGAAAAGAAAGUGAAUUAUUGCAAGGGAUUAUUUCAUGA